CCUAUUAGCGUGGUCGUUAUCGAUGCUGUUUGGACUAUGAUAAGUUAUCGUCGUUUUUCAUUUGAGAAAUAAACUAGGUACUCGUAGAUAGGUAUAGCGAAUACAUAUAUUCACUGCGUUAGUGAGCAAACGAGUAGCUAGCCCUUCGCUCGCGUCUGUUCUGAGAGAAAAGAUGAGUUUCGCCGACAAAGUGGUGAUAGUGACCGGGUCGAGUGCGGGCAUCGGGGCCGCUGCGGCGGUGGCGUUCUGUAGCGCGGGCGCCCGCGUCGCGCUCGUGGGCCGCAACCAGAGCAACCUCGCCGCGGUGGCCGCCCGGUGCGCGCCCCACCCGCACCGCCCGCUCGUCCUCGACGCCGACGUCUCCGACGACGACGACGCCGAACGCAUCGUACAAACCACGAUUCAACACUUCGGCAAGAUAGACGUGUCGGUCAACAACGCCGGCAUCGCCAAAUUCGGCUCCAUAAGCGACGGAACAAUCAUGGACACGUACGACGAAGUGAUGAACACCAAUCUGCGCGCGGCCGUGCACCUGACCGCGCUGGCUGCGCCUCAUCUGAUAGCGACGAAGGGGAACGUCGUCAACGUAUCCGCGAUAGGCGGGACGUCGGCCCCGAAGCCGCCGUUCCACGCGUACUGCGUUUCGAAGGCGGCCCUGAACCGUUUCACCAGAGGCGCCGCGGCGGAGUUGGCCCCUUUCGGCGUGCGAGUGAACGCGAUAAGCCCGGGCCCGGUCCGGACGGACAUCAUAAAGAACGCCGGGUUCCCCGCGAGCUGGGACGCGUUCGCGGCGCGGACGGCGCUCGAGCGCGUGUCGGAGCCGGAGGAGGUCGCCGACCUCGUUCUGUUUUUAGCGAGCGAGAAGGCCAAGGGAAUCACCGGCUCGAAUUAUGUCACAGAUAACGGAAUGCUGUUGAAGCACUAACGGUUAUUAUAAUUAUUCAUUCAAAUUUCGGUUGGAUAGAAAACGUAGAAAUGUUAAUGUUAUGAACGUAAAAUAACACAAGACUGAUUUAGGUGUAACUUACUGUGAGUAAUAUUAACCUUGAUAAUUUAAUUAAAACAUAAAAAUACCCAUCAAAGUGAAGUCAAUGAAAUUAUUUCGAUAAGGCCCUUAAAAUUAGGACCCACAAUCAAAAUAUUUACGAGUAUAUACCUAUUAGAGAUAUAAUUCUUCAGAUUAGUUACAUAGAAAAGUACCUUAAUAAUGUAAGUAAAUAUAAAAUUGUAAGGUUUAUUUAGGUUAUUUCAUUGAUUUUAUGUCAACAAUCUUUACCUGCCUGCUUUAUCUAAACUUAUUUUUGUAAUUAUUAUACUUUAAGCCGAGCAGAGAUUAUCAACUAUUACUUGGUUUGCAACAUAAUUGAUUGAAUUAGGAAUAAGUAUAUACAUAUUCC